AUGCUGAAUAAUGAUUCCACACGGCCAUGGUGUGUCCAUAGACACAGUCGUGUCAAAAAGCAGGAGAAGAAGUCUAGAACCAGUCCAUCUCCACCAGUUGAAGGGGAACAUAAGGCACAUUGGGCUAUCAAGAGCAUUCAUUUAGAUUUGAAAGAAUCAGGGGAACAGAGAAAGCUUCAACCAAAUGAACUUGAUGAAUUGAGAUUGGAUGCGUAUGAGAAUGCCAAGAUUUACAAAGAAAGAACAAUGAAGUGGCAUGAUCAACAUAUCCUCCGUAAAGAGUUUACAGAAGGAGACUUGAUACUUCUACUUAAUUCCCGACUCAAGCUUUUUCCGGGCAAACUUUGUUCGAGGUGGUCUGGACCAUUCCAAGUGCGCAAGAGAUACCCAUUUGGGGAUGUCGAAGUAUGGAGUAAAGCCACGAGAUCUUUCAAGGUCAAUGGACAGCGAUUAAAGCAUUAUUUCACAGGAACUCUGAUCGAGAAGUUGGGUACUUUUACCCUUCCCGAUUCAUCAUCAUUGUGA